AUGGCCCUCCCUGAACAAGGUGAUGAUGGUGAUGGCACUAAAGUGCAGGCUUCCAGGCAUGGCAGAGGUGGUGGCAGGACAGAACCUUCUGGUCUCCUGGGGGCUGGAGCUGCUGGCCUCCAGGAACCGCCCCUUUGUUUUGUGUUAAAGAACCACUUCAUCAGCCUGGUGAUCGGUCGUGGUGGGUCAAAAAUAAAAGCUAUCCAAAGUACAGCAAGUACCAAUAUACAGAUAAUAAAAGGACAUCCAGAAUCAUUAGUGAAAAUAUUUGGCACCAAGGCGAUACAAACAAAAGCAAAAGCAGUGAUAGAUUAUUUUGUUAAGAAACAAGAAGAAAAUUAUUAUUCAGAAUGCAAAGUUGACUUACCUCCAAUUGAGAAAAACUUGUACAAAGAGUCAACAAUAACAAGCUCAGUGACACAAGUGCAAGUAGACAACUGGAAAAAGGAAAAUUUUAAUAUAAUGUGUGAUGACUCGAAAGAUGGUGAAAAACAUCCAAUCCUUAAUCCUACCUGCACAUUUGCUGAUGCCUUUCAGUGUUACCCUGAAAUUUUAGAAAACAUUAAAAAGGAAGGUUUUCAAAAGCCAACACCUAUUCAGUCACAAUCAUGGCCUAUUCUACAAAAAAUACACCUUCCAGGAGUAGCCCAAACAGGAAUAGGAAAGACAUUGUCCUAUUUAAUGCCUGGGUUUAUUCACCUAGGUGGUCAACCAAAAGUUAGAGGAAAAAGGAACAGACCUGGUAUACUAGUUCUUACGCCCACUUGUGAAUUAGUUAUUCAAGUGGAAUCUGAAUGUUCUAAAUAUUCAUAUAAAGGGCUUAGGAGUGUUUCUGUAUAUGGCAAUGGAGAUAGAGACCGACAAAUAGAAGAUCUUAGAAAAGGUAUAGAUGUAAUCAUUGCAACAUCUGGAAGGUUGAAUGAUCUGCAAAUGAAUAACUUUGUCAACUUGAAAAGCGUAAUCUACUUGGUUUUAGAUGAAGCAGAUAAGAUGCUAGACAUGGGAUCUGAACCCCAGAUUAUAAAGAUUUUGUUAGAUGUGCACCCAAAUAGGCAGACUAUUAUGACAAGCGUAACUUGGCCAUAUGCUGUUAGGCAACUCGCGCAAUCUUAUUUGAAAGCACCGAUGAUUGUCUGCGUUGGAACAUUGGAUCUUGUAGCUGUGAGCACAGCAGAGCAAAGUGUGAUUAUGACGACAGAGGAAGAAAAAUGAAGUCAUAUCCAAACAUUUCUAAGGCAUUUGUCACCCAAUGACAAAGUCAUUGUCUUUGUUUGCCAAAAGGCCACUGCAGAUCAUUUAUCAAGUGACCUGGUUCUCCGACAUGUAUCAGUGGAAUCGUUGCAUGGUAGUAGAGAACAGAGAGAUCAAGAGAAAGCAUUAGAGGAUUUUAAAACAGGAAAAGUGAGAAUACUAAUUGCUACGGACUUAGCAUCUCCGGGUCUGGAUAUUCACAAUAUUACUCACAUAUAUAAUGAUGACUUUCUGUGAAACAUUGAAGAAUAUGUUCACCAAAUAGGGCGGACUGGAAGAGUAGGGAGAACUGGAAUUGCAAUAAUGAAUAUCACCAGAAACGACUGAAGAAUUGUAACUGAAUUGAUUGAUAUUCUAGAAAAAGCAAAUCAGAAUAUCUUGAAGGAGCUUAAGGGACUGUCGGAGAGAUAUAAAGUGCAUCAAUUGAAAAAAAAAUGGAAAGAAAAAUGGGAAGACCUCAAGGAAAGCCCCAAGAAGUUUUAUUAUUACUGUCUCAUUGAAAAGUGCUGGAGAAUUCAAGAUUUUUUAGAAAUAUAUUCUAGAUUCAGAAAGCUGGAUCACAGCUCCUGGUCCUACCCUCAGCCUUCUUCUCACAUCCUGCCGAGAACGGGCAGCUUGUUAGAAAUCAUGAUGCCAGCAUCCACCUGGCCUGAUCUGAGCUUUGCUGCCGCCUCUGAGGCUUCUGCAUCGAUGGGCUCCUUCCCCUCUCAGGUCCCCUCCUCGCCCCUUCUGGACACAGAGCCAUGCCGGAGGCGGUGCCAGCGCUGUGGCACUGCACUGCUACAUUCCAUGUGGUCUCCGCUGUAUCCUGCUUUCCCUGUGUUCCCGGUGUACGUGUCCUAUUUACCUUACCAGGCUGUGAGUCCUUCAGAGCAGGGUCCUCUCCUAGAGUCUCGAGCCACAGCCCCCCAUCUCAGGGCCCAGCAGAAGGUUCUGAGCACACGAGGAGCUCAGCAGCUGCCCAGAGCUAGUCACACUGUAAGGGCGAAGGUGCAGUCCUGCAGGCUGCCAAGUCUGCCCAAGACCUCUGACAUCAACUGCAAGGCGUUUGGAUCCAACAACAAAGUUGGACUGCACAGUCCCAAGACUUCCCUCACCUCCGACACCAACUACAAGUUCAUGGGGGUCCCCAAACCACCCUCAGGCUUGAUGAUUCACUAA